AUGGCUCAAGUCGAUGAGUUUCAUUCCCGACGUGUACGAGUAUUCAAGAAUGGUGAUGUGUUCUCCCCAGGGCGUCGUGUAGUUGUUUCGACUAGAGUAUACCGAAACUUUGAGCAGUUCUUACAAGCAGCAAGCAGAGAAGUAAACCUACGAACAGGCGCCAUACGCAGGAUAUACACUCUUGAUGGACGUCCAGUCCGCUCACUAUCUGAUUUCAAUGAUAAUGGGUUAUACGUUGCUGCUGGUGGUGAACCUUUCAAAUCUGCUGCAUAUCCAAUCCAAGAUGAUAUAUUUUCAUAUGAUCAGCAACAACAGGGGCAACAAGAUGGUAUGCCACAAGGACUGCCUCCUAUUGCAAGUAACAAUGCACCACAUUGGGUUGCAGUUGGAGGACGUGUGCAAGGAUCCACGCUUAAAUUGAAGGGGUACUAUACCAGUGCGCAACAGCAACAGCAGUUUGCGAAGGAGGAGGAGAAAGAAGUUCCGAUUUUUACCCAGACUUCCAAAGGCUACCGUGUUCAAAUACUAGCAAACGGAGACUCAAAGCUCCCAGCCAUAAAAUACGUCCUGAACUUACGUAACUGUCGCUCAUUCGACAUGUUGCUGCUCACAGUGACUCUCGUCAUGCCGGUAACCCACGCUCCAAUUCGCAAAAUCUAUGACCUGGAAACUGGUAAACGAGUCAAAAACUUGCAAGGAUUACGUGAUGGACAGAUAUUGGUUGCUAGUUCACGAGAUGCGCUUAAGAUGGUCGAGUACCAGAUUUCCGGACCGUAUAAUGGAAGUGCUAUGUCUAGUCCGGUCUCACCUACCAGUAUGAAUGAUAAUUUCUAUUUGAGCCCAUCAAGCGACAAGACCCAAGCACCACGAGUCUGCACCUUCUUCCCCAACGGAGACUCCUACCACACGGGCUGGACCGUCGCCGUAAAACCCUCCCGCUUCCCAUCUAUCCGCCGUCUCAUGGAGCACCUCGAGCACCUGUCUCACGACCACGUGCUCCGCAUCUACGGAACCGACGGCCAACGCAUCCGCCAAGUCGACGAACUCGUCCACGGACACGGCUACGCCCUUGCCGGCGACGAUCCAUUCAUUCCCGUCCGCUACAAUGUCAACAAGGAGAAACGAGCCACGUCAAGUGCUGGUGGUGUAGGACUGGGUGGAUACUCUCUCCACAAUCCAUUCAUGAAGGUUAUUAAACAAAACCAUCAACGAUCUGCAGAGUCACGACAAUCGCUCGGUGUUGCGUCAAAGAGGACGUCGACGACCACAAACCCGAAUAGUAACAAUGUGGUUGUUAAUAUGGUGGGCGCUGUGCGUAUGGGAUCUGCCAAGCCAAAGAGUCGUGCUGCAGCACAGCAACAGCAGCCACAAUUGCCUGAUGCACCUGCCAAAGCCAUCAAAUCCAUGAACGAGACGUUGGCUAGAGCUGCUGCAAUGACCAAAAAGAAUACCGUUGCUCCAGCCGCUGUAGUACCACACCCAGAUGGUAUUGAAGAAGACGCACUAGCUCGAUACCAAGACAACAAUGGCCAGGAAGACUAUGGAAACGAUGCACCAACCCAAGUACUGAAAUCGAAUGGAUCACCAAGUAGUUUUGGAUCAGUCGGAUCACGACACGUCAAGAUUCAGGAAAUGAUGCAGCAGGAUGACAAUGGAGAUAUAUCUGGAUCAGCUGACUCAAUCAACAACAACAAGAGUCGUGCCAAAUCGGCCAAACCUGGUAUCCGUGAACGUAUGGCUCAAGCUCGUACCCAGCCUAAGCGUGAUGCUGAAGACGAGGACGAACUCGAUGCUGAGGAUCAAGCUGAUGAUAUGUAA